AUGCUCAUGGUUGGCGGUGCCGCAUCUCCAUGGUACGCAGCCAGGCCCCUCUCUGUGGUCAUGCUCUUCUUAGCUGAGUCGGAGGGAUUGCGCGCGUUCCAGGAGUAUCUCGUGUUCCUCGACGGCCCCAGUUCAUGCUACUAUUCCGAAGGGGACAGCUGCAUGGGCAGCAACCUACGCCACAUGUUCUACCUGAUACUGUCCACUGUCAUUGCCUCCCACGUUCUCGUGGGGCUGCAGCUUGCGUUCGUGGCUAUCCACGCGCUGCCCUCGUUCAUGACCUCCAAGUGGCGCGAACGCCUGUGGUGGCCCAUGAUCGUCACCUCUGCAUUCGCCACUCUGAUGACCACAGCUUCCUGGGUGCUUCUCUAUCUCCACCCAUCAGCACUUGCUGCUGACUACGGCAACGGGGCGUGCGAGCAAGGGCGAGCUUACUACUGUUUCUUCAAUGCUUGGUAUUGUUUGGAGUAG